AUGGAAAGGGGCCUACGACAUGGUGAUCCACUGUCUCCUUUUUUGUUUGUACUUGUCAUGGAUGUCCUACACAGGAUGUUUGGGGAGGCGGUUUGGAACGGGUAUAUAUCUCCGUUAUUAGUUGGUAGAGCUCAUAUUGAGCUAUCGCAUCUUCAGUUUACGGAUGAUACUAUUCUGUUCUGCCCUCCAGAGAAAGUGAUCGUUAAAAAUUAUAGGAGGAUUCUUUGCUGCUUUGAAUUGAUGUCGGGGUUAAGUAUUAACUUUGACAAAUCUAGCUUGAUUCCAAUUAACUGUGAUGAUCAGUGGGAACAGCGUAUUUGCAGCGUGCUGGGCUAUAAGGAAGCCUCUCUCUCAGUUAAAUACUUGGGGAUCUCGCUAGGAGCAAACCUGGGAUUGGUGAAGACUUGA